AAAGAGGCUAUCACCUCAUCGACACGGACUCACGGUACGGUAGUCCACAUAACAGACAUAAACUCAGGAACGAGUUUCUUCCUUCUAUUUGGUCUGCUUACAGGAGACUAACCGCAGUCCGUCACUGUUCUCAAAAAAUAUGUCAUCUCCAGAACCAGCGCAAUCAGCACCUAAACCCUCGAAAAUCAAAAUCAAAGAGAAAUCAAAGAAAAAGUCAAAAACGCAGCCAGUCACUGUCACCGACCAUGGCAAGAAUGAAGGAGUGAACCCGAAUUGGGCCUACAAACCUCCGCCCGGUUCCAAAGUAUUUGACCAUUCAUUCGAAGCCGAUACUUUCGACUGGGACUCCGUUCGGGACGAUAAUGAUAUUGAAAUAUGGCUAAUACGGGCCCCAGACUCGGUCAAUGCCAAACAUUUUGAAGGACUGGCAAUCGAUGCGCCCUCGUCCUCACGGAGCGGUCAGGUCGGUAGCUUGACGCGGAAGGGCACCGUCUAUGAUAUAUGGUCGAUGUGUGACGACGACACGAAUAUAGGUGGAGCAGAGGAACUGAGAGGAUUGUCAUGUUUGCUUCCUAGAAAGAAAAAAAUGGGCAAGUUGUACAUGGCACCCAAAGAGAUUGCACGCCAUCUCGUUAUUUCAGCCCAGCCACCAAGAGCAAGUACUCCGGAGCACCCAUCCAUUCUGCACCAAAAUCCUCCUCGUCUUUCACAUCCAAAAGAAUUACUCAAGCAUCACUUCGUGCCAUAUGGAGCCAAGCUUACAAUAAACGACGAUCAUGCGAAUAUGGAUGCUGACUGCCAAGUGGAGGACGGUGAUGCUGGUUCUGGGAUUGGAGGAUCACCCCGCAAGGCAAAGGAGUCGAAGAGUAGGAAACGUAAAGUUGAGGGAGAGACACUUCGUAAGAAAACGGUUAAGAAACCUAAAAUAGCGAAGUAGGGGAUGAAUACUGAGGUUGUGAUCACAUCUUAGGUGUAAUGCUUCUGCAUAGUACAGGAGUAAUUAAACGCGCAUGUAAUGUGGAAAGGCAGUGUACAAGAAAC